CUUUCCUGUCUUCCGUAUGAAGGAAAUAGAUCACAUUUCAGAGAAACUAGUCAACAAGCAGAUUCGUCGACAGAGGGUGAUAGCUAGGGGCAGUGGUGACUGGGCCUAGACCCUGUCACCUAACUGCUUUCCCCACCCUGAAGCUCUGGCACCCAGGUAGCCUUUCCCUCCAUGGAACUUGGCCCUCCAAGGGACUGAAGAACACUGACCGAGGCAAGGAAGCCUGGUUCCUUGGGCCUAUUGCCUCUGGACCCUCCACAGGACCAUUUCUCUUUGCGGGAAGGAACUGGAAACCCACCCACCCUUUGUCAGUGCUGCUCCAGCCUAGACACCAUCAAGUGGUGCUCUUACGGAGUCCACGAUGCCAGACGCAGCUGCCCACCUGCCCUUCUUCUACGGGAGCAUCUCGAGGGCGGAGGCAGAGGAGCACCUAAAGCUGGCGGGCAUGGCGGACGGGCUCUUCCUGCUCCGCCAGUGCCUCCGUAGCCUGGGGGGCUACGUGCUCUCCCUGGUGUACGACCUGCGCUUCCAUCAUUACCCCAUUGAGCGACAGCUGAACGGCACCUAUGCCAUUGCUGGAGGCAAGCCUCAUUGCGGCCCAGCUGAGCUCUGCGAGUUCUACUCCAAGGAUGCAGAUGGCCUCCCCUGCCCUCUGCGCAAGCCUUGCAACAGACCCAGUGGUAUGGAGCCCCAGCCAGGUGUCUUUGACAGUCUUCGGAACAGCAUGGUUCGAGACUACGUGCGCCAGACCUGGAAACUAGAGGGUGAUGCCCUUGAGCAGGCCGUCAUCAGCCAAGCCCCUCAGGUAGAGAAGCUUAUUGCCACCACAGCCCAUGAGCGGAUGCCUUGGUACCACAGCUCCAUAUCCAGAGAGGAAGCCGAGCAUAAACUCUACUCAGGCUCCCAGCACGAUGGCAAGUUCUUGCUUAGGCCCAGGAAGGAGCAAGGCACCUAUGCUUUGUCCCUCAUCUAUGGCAAGACUGUCUACCACUACCUCAUCAACCAGGACAAGUCUGGCAAGUACUGUAUUCCUGAGGGUACAAAGUUUGACACCUUGUGGCAGCUGGUGGAGUAUCUGAAGCUGAAGGCAGAUGGGCUUAUCUACUGUCUGAAGGAGAUUUGUCCUAAUGCCAGUGCUUCCAUUGCUGCUGUGACUGCUGCUCCCACGCUCCCUGUCCAUCCCUCCACACCUAGAAGGAAUGACACCCUCAACUCGGAUGGAUACACCCCUGAGCCAGCGUGUCUGAGCAAGAGUCAAGGUGAGAAGUCUCGGGUCCUGCCCAUGGACACCAGUGUGUAUGAGAGCCCCUACAGUGACCCCGAGGAACUUAAGGACAAGAAACUCUUCCUGAAGAGAGAGAAUCUGAUGAUUGAUGAAGUGGAGCUGGGCUCAGGCAACUUUGGCUGUGUCCGCAAAGGGGUCUACAAGAUGAGGAAGAAGCAGAUUGAUGUGGCCAUCAAGGUGCUCAAGAGCACCAAUGAGAAGGCCGAGAAGGAAGAGAUGAUGAAGGAAGCCCAGAUCAUGCACCAGCUGGACAACCCCUACAUUGUGCGAAUCAUUGGCGUGUGCAAGGCGGAGGCCCUCAUGCUGGUCAUGGAGAUGGCCAUCGCGGGGCCCCUGAACAAGUUCCUGGCCGCCAAGAAGGAGGAGGUCCCUGUAAGCAAUGUCGUAGAGCUGAUGCACCAGGUGGCCAUGGGCAUGAAAUACCUAGAAGAAAAAAAUUUUGUGCACCGUGACCUGGCUGCCCGAAAUGUCCUUCUGGUCAACCAGCACUAUGCCAAGAUCAGUGACUUUGGUUUAUCCAAGGCACUGGGGGCCGAUGACAGCUACUACACUGCCCGCUCUGCAGGAAAGUGGCCACUCAAGUGGUAUGCCCCAGAGUGCAUCAACUACCGGAAAUUCUCCAGCCGAAGUGACGUGUGGAGCUACGGAGUCACCAUGUGGGAAGCUUUGACCUACGGCCAGAAGCCCUAUAAGAAAAUGAAAGGUCCUGAGGUCAUCAAAUUCAUCGAAGAGGGUAAGCGGAUGGACUGCCCUCCUGAGUGCCCACCAGACAUAUACACACUCAUGAGAGACUGCUGGAUAUACAAGUGGGAGGAUCGUCCAAGCUUCUCGGAUGUGGAACAGCGAGUUAGAAUCUACUAUUACAGCCUGGCCAGUAAGGCAGAAGAGGUCUCAGAAGCCCCUCAAGCAGAGGAGGCUACCAGUACCUGAGGACCAUCUCCCUUUCUCUGGAUCUUCCCAGUCCUUCCCAGAUCCUGGCCUUGCCUCUUGCUUCUUCCCAGAGAGGCUUGUCCCCCUGUCUCUCCCAUGCCAGCAAGACCACUGCCUUCCCUCCAGAUGCCUGAAACUCCUUCUCAUUUGCAUCUCCUCCCCUCACCAGAGGACUGAAAACUCCAGACUUCAAAGUGAAUAUUCUUUAGAAAAGCCAGACCCUUUUCUACACCCUUUCCCUAGACACUCAGGGCUUGUGGGAUCUUGGAAGGCACAACUGGCCCUAUCCCUCUGCCUUCUUUGAUGGAGUUGAGCCUCAGCUCUGGGCUCCUCCUACUGGGGCUAGAUGGGAACUGGUAGGGAUGGGGUGGGGUGGUCUGUGGAGACCCAGCCAAACCCAGGCUGAAAGUCCAAGGGAGACCAGGUGGAAGCUUCAUGUCAGUGAAAUAAACUCAGCUAUUUCUCCA